AACGCGACCAGGCUCACGGUCGUCGACUAAUCAAAGACAAGAAUGUAAGUUUUUCAUUGUCUAUUUGUCUCAUAGUAUUAGUAAACGUUUUAAAAAUAUUGUUUUGUGAUUGUCAGAACUCAGAAGCGGAUGCAAUUGCAAUACGUUAACUGAGGAAUAAAACAAGAACAACAUAAACAAUGGCAUGGUCCAAGUAUCAAAAGUUUCUUGCACUGAUGAUGGUGGUUACUGGAUCAAUAAAUACAUUGAGUACCAAAUGGGCUGAUCAGAUGGAUGCGAAAGGUUCAGACGGCAAUGUCAGGAAAUUCGACCAUCCUUUCUUACAGGCAGCAGCAAUGUUUCUAGGAGAGAUUCUAUGCUUAUUGACAUUCAAAUUCAUCUUCUGGAGAAACAGGAACGGUGAUCAUCAGCUUAUUCAAGGCAGUCAAGAUUUCAAUCCAUUCAUACUGAUGCCGGCAGCCAUGUUUGAUUUGAUUGGUACCUCCAUCAUGUAUAUAGGUUUAAAUUUGACCUACGUCAGCAGCUUCCAAAUGUUUAGAGGAUCAAUUAUUAUAUUUGUGGCCGUGCUGUCCACUACGUUCCUCGAAAGGAUUAUAGUCAAGAGGGAGUGGGUGGGAAUUGCUACAAUUAUCCUAGGAUUACUGAUCGUGGGAUUAACAGAUGCAAUAUACCAAUCACCGAGUGAAGCCAAAGGCAGGAACAGCUUGAUAACCGGUGACCUUUUGAUUAUCGUUGCGCAGAUUAUAUCAUCAUGCCAAAUGGUGUAUGAGGAGAAAUACGUGUCAGGUUUAAAUAUUCCCCCAUUACAAGCGGUGGGAUGGGAGGGUGUCUUCGGGUUCUCUGUUCUAUCUGUACUACUCGUGAUCUUCUACUGGAUCCCCGCGCCUCCUCACUUUGACCACAACGCUAGAGGGACCGUUGAGGAUGUGAUCGAUGGACUUGCUCAAAUUGGCAAUAAUCCUCUAUUGUUGGUGGCCAUUUUGGGAACAAUCGUGUCAAUAGCGUUCUUUAAUUUCGCUGGUAUCAGUGUUACGAAGGAAAUGUCAGCCACGACUCGAAUGGUUCUGGAUUCAGUCAGAACACUCGUCGUCUGGAUGGCAUCCUUGGCUUUGAGCUGGCAAAUAUUCCACUGGCCACAUUUAAUUGGUUUUGCGGCAUUGAUCCUCGGUAUGUGCGAGUAUAAUGGCAUAUUGCCAAGGUGCUGGCAAAGAAGAGUUGUACAGGAAGAUGAAAAUCAAGUCGUUAACACCGAAGCCGACAGACUUGAAGAGGCUUAAGAGGUACAGUAUAUCUAAAUGUGUAUAAACGAAAAUAUAUGUCAAUUCUUCUAUUUUGUAUUGAAAUUAUAUACCUAAGGGAAGACUUUUUAUAUGAUUACGAUUUUUAAUUUAAGACUGGGACGAUGAAGUAAAUAGUGAUUUUAUGAAAUUUAUAUUUAUAUAUGGAGGAACUCGUUAAGAGGUUUCAGUACAGACAUGACAUACAUUCAGUUUUAUAUAUAUUUUAUUUUAUAAUAUUCAUAUGAAUUGAUAAAAUAUUUAGUUUUAUGUUUUUCUGUUUUAUAAUUCAUUGUUUCUUGAAUACAAAUAAUGGCUUAUUGAUAAAAUGUUAUUUGCUAAAUCAUUAUGGAUUAUAACAAACUUCG